CGCGGUGCAGCCUUAAACCAGUGCUGCUCCCUAUGCGAGUGUUGGGGAAGUUCGAAAUCCCCAUAGCAGCGCCGCCUGUCGGUAAAAAACCAGUUCAAACUUGGCAGUUAAGCACAUGUCCGAGCCGCACGUGGGUCCAAAAACAUCAACAAUUUAUUCGAACCGAAUUUUAUCGUAAAAAAACGUCGAAACUUUCCCGCCAAAAUACAGCGAUGCAAUUCAAAUUAAACUUGAUCGCAGCCGCGUGCGAGGACAUGGGGAUCGGGAUAAACGGUAAAUUACCAUGGAGACUCAAGAGCGAAAUGGCGUUUUUUACUGACAUGACUACGAAAACAAAGGAAGAAAAUAAAAAAAAUGUUGUUCUAAUGGGGAGAAGGACCUGGGAAUGUAUUCCAAAAAAAUAUCGUCCUCUGAAAGAUCGAAUAAACAUGGUGUUGACCAGUCAGUCGCUGAAUUUAGGCGACGAAGCGAUCGUUUGCAGCAGUAUUUCUGCAGCUCUAAAAUUCAUAUCCAAUUCAGAGCUGAAAGACCGAGUUGAAAAAAUCUGGGUCAUUGGUGGGGGUUCUGUUUACAAGGAAUCCAUGGAAUCUCCUCAUUUCCAUCGACUCUAUCUGACGAAAAUAAUGAAAAAAUUUGAAUGCGACACAUUUUUUCCACCAAUCCCGAGCAAUUUGAAGCGCGUCCAGGAAACGACGGUGCCCCAAGGAAUUCAGGAGGAAAAUGAUGUUCGUUUCGAGUAUCAAGUUUACGAGAAAAGGGAAUAGGAGCUGAAAAAUGGGGUUUUUUUCAAUAAAAUUUUAUUUUUUUAAUGGUU